UAAGUUGUAACUAACCUGAAGUAGUCUGUCUAUUCAUUAAUCAAUAAGCAUUCUUAUAUUUAGAGGAAACAUUACUUGCAUCUUGUAUUUUUUCUUUAGUUUACCCAAAUGAUAGGAGGUGAAAGUGAAACAUAUUCAGCUUUUGCUCUCAAAUCACAUCAAUUUAUUUCUACAUAUAGUGAGUAAAGUUUGAGCAACGUUUAAUGGAAUGCCAUAAUAUAUUGGGAGCUCUCAUAUUACAUUUUAGUCCAUAAUCAUAAAAUGGAUGACAGGUGUAAUUAAAAGCUUUUCUAUCAUACACGAAAACGUGUGAUCUUUGUAUUUGAAGAAAUUAGACAUAAUAAUGAAUCGAGAAAAAUGUAGGACCUCCAUAGUAAAGGUGGUUAAUGGUAUAUUAAAGAGAAGAACCCACACGUAAUUAUCUCUGAGCAUCCUCUAACAAUGACCAUCUUUCUUUUCACAAACAAUUUAUUAAAGACAAGUUUUUUUUCCUUCUAUUAUGCAAACCUAUUAUCUUAUUCAUCCGUGCUAUUUUGAGACAGGCGGACCCAGCCCUGACCACAAGUUGGUUAACCUUGGGCUUGGGCUUGGGCCUGGGCCGGAGCUAUGAUCAGAGAAGCUUCAUUGAUUAAUAGAGAGAGUUUAGUCUAGUACAAGAUGCAAGCAAAACCUACUAUCUUAUUCACCCGUUGCUAUUUUGAGACAGAACCAGCCCUGACCACAUGUUGGUUAAACUUGGGCUUGGGCCGGAGCUUUGAUCAGUAUAUUUUGAGCCGAUGAUACAUAAUUGCCAACAAGAUUAAAUUUGCGAAAAUCAUUUUUGGUAAUGAAAAGGAAAGAAAUGUUUCUUUCUUUCUCGAAUGGGAACUUUCGGCAGCCAUUUUUCUAAUCAGUAGCCGACUUUCCCGUCCCUCUCCGUCUCCACGUUCACUUUUCAUUCUUUUCCCACCCAUUUAAUUAUUAUUCAUUUGAUUAUUACCAACAAAUUAUUAAGAGAAAAAAAGUGAACAUUAAUUAACAAUGUAAUUUGUGUAAUCUAUUUCAACUUUUUUCCCCCUUGGUGUAUGGUUUGGUCAAUAAAAUAGAGAUAUCAUUCAAUGUUUUAAGAAAGGAAUAAUUUUUUUCUGUUUAUUUUAAAUAAUAAAUUGUGAAGAAGACGACUACGUGCAGUCCUUGCUGGGUCUACUAUGUAUGGGGUUCACCUUUUCCCGAGUUAAAAAAAAAAGAGUAAUAUAAAUGGUAAUCAAUGUUUUCUGGGGCAAGUCUCUCUCUCGGAAAACAGAGUAGAAUUUGGAUUUAAUUACACUUUCGAAACUCUGUCAUCAAAACCUUCGAUCCCUUCCAAUGCUCCUACCUCAUGAUCAAAAGAUUUGAUAAACCUGCCCUUGAUUGAUUGAUUGAUUCUUGAUUCUUUAUAUGUUUGUACCAUUACCAACAAGAUGGCUAUCUCUCCAUCAAAACCCCAGACACGGAGUUUCACUAGAGCUUUGUCAUUAGCCUUCAACGAGUGGCUACUCAUCCUCAUGCUCUUCAUCAACUCCAUCUUCUCCUACUUGAUCACAAAGUUUGCAGACUACUCCGACCUCCAAUCUCCAUGUCUCAUGUGCUCAAGCCUCGAUCACAUCCUCGGAAGGAGGACAAAGCAUCUGAAGAAAUCUCAUUGGGACAUGGUCUGCUCCAAACACAAAACAGAAAUCUCCUCGUUGGUUUACUGUCACGCUCAUGGCAAGCUCGUUGACGUCAGGGGAAUGUGCGAGGCUUGUCUCUUCUCAUUUGCUACGACCAAUAAGUCAAACGCUGAGACUUACAGAUUGUUGGUUGGGAAGUUGGGUGAAGAUUCUUCUUCCUUUGGAGGAAGAUCCAAGAGUGAUCCAAACACAGGUCGAAGAUACUGCACUUGUUGUAAUCAGCUGUGGAUGAUGCCGCAACAAACCGGUUUUAAUGAUCAGGAGGUGGUGGCUAAACCGGUGACGCUGCCGAAGAUUCGUGUGGUUAGUAGUCUCAGAACCGGGAAACAAUCUAAUACACCAAAGAAAAGUGUCAGUUUCAAUCAUUUGCCUGAUGUUGGAUACACCGAGCUCAAGGUUCAUUCAGAUACUGAAUCAGAAGCUGUGUUUUCAGAAGAUGAAGGUGUAGUAGCGUUUAAGGAAAAGGAUGAUCAUAAGUUCCAAAACGUGGAUUUGGAGACUCCUCGAGUUAUCACCUUGCCUUAUGAUAUGGCUACCGAUAAGCUGCUAGACCUUGACUUCCCUUCGCAAGAGAUCGGUUUGAGAAGUUAUGAUUCCUUUUUUCCUGAAACGUCAGAGAAGGUGUUGAAGGAGAAAGAGAUGAGUUCAUUAGAUAGUCUUUUCUUUUCUGAUUCUGCAGCUGUUUUGAAGGAGAAAGAAGAUUUGAUUCACUUCCAAGAUGUUUCUUUAACACCAGAUGCUUCAAUGGAGGAGACAGAGCUUGUUCCGGUUAAUGUUGUGCCUGAAGAAACAUCAAAGAAGGUGUUAAAGGAAGAAGAGGUCCCUUCAUUAGAUAGUAUUUUCUUUUCAUUACGCUCCACGGAGCCUUUUGCAGCUGUUUCCAAGGAGACAGAGUUUGUUAGCCUCAGAGAUAUUAUUUCAACAUCAUCAGCUGCAGCUGAAGCUCUCUUAAUGAGAGAGGCUGAGGGAGAUUUGGUUCAACUCCUAGAUUUGUCAUUAACACAAGAUUCUAAGGAAAGACCUGCAGAUGCCUCAGUGGAGGAGGCUGGGCUUAUUUGCCUCAAUGAUGCUACUUCAACAACAUCAUCAGAUGCUGCUGAAACUCCUGAAGGUGAUGUCUUAAUGGGAGAGACUGUUUUAAAGGAGAAAGAAGAUCUGGUUCACCCACAAGAUGUUUGUUUAGGUGAAGAUUUUGAGGUUAAUCCUGCAGAUGCAUUGAUGGAGAAGACUGAGCUUCUUUGCCUCAAUGAUCUUACUUCAACAUCAUCAGAUGCAUCUGAAACUCCUGAAGAUAUCUUAAAGGGAAGUGAACAAAUGCCUCUCCAUGAUACAUCUCCAGAUGAGGUUCCUGAAUCAUUCACUACAAAUGAAACCCCUGUCGAAACGUCAAAGGAGAGAGACACAAGCCAAGAUGAUAUAGCCUCUCUGGAACCUGAGUAUGUAGUUGUAUCACCUUCAAAAUCUGCACAAUCCAUGCCUGAAGAAGAUUCAACAGAAGACUGUGUAUCAGAAGACAAGGAAACAAAAGAGACCAUGGCUUCUCAGACAGAAGCUGCUCCUGUGUCAGAAUCUGCAUCUUUCAACUCAAUGUCGGUGGCAGCAGAUACAAACCUUGGUUCAGGUGAGUUGCUGGAUCUUGCUGAUACAUACAACUCCAUCCCACACAACGAAGGUAGUAGUAAUGAUGGAGAAGCACACAUAGAACAUUGGAUGAAGAAAGACACUUCCAGAGUUAGCGAAGACCUUAAAACACUACUCACUCAUAUCUCAUCUUCUCGUGGGAUAGAGCUUCUGUCUCCUAGAGGUAUAAGCCCCAAGAUAUCUACCGAUCAAGAGACAAAGGACUUAGAUCUCGACAUGCAGUUGCUAAUCCAAAAGAGAAUGCUGGAGAGGAACGAGAGCAACUUAUCGUUAGAAGAAGUUUCCGUGAGUGAGAUAGAAGGAGAAAGCGAGAGUGAUCGGUUGAAAAGACAAGUUGAUUACGACAGGAAGCUUCUGACUGGUUUGUAUAAAGAGCUGGAGGAAGAGAGAAGCGCUUCAGCGGUUGCUACGAACCAAGCGAUGGCUAUGAUCACGAGGCUGCAGGAGGAGAAGGCGUUGUUUCAGAUGGAGGCCUUGCAGAACCUUAGGAUGAUGGAAGAGCAAGCUGAGUACGAUAUGGAGGCGAUACAGAAACUGAACGAUUUGCUUGUUGAUAAAGAAAAGCUUAUUCAAGAUUUAGAAGCUGAGAUUGAGUACUUCAGAGACCAGACCCCACAGAAGAAGAAGCUAGAUGUUGCAGAGAUUGAUUCUUCUAGUGAGACAGUGAGCAACAAGAUACAGAACUGUUUAACUGGGUUCAACGAAGAGAGACUAUACAUCACAAGUUGUUUGGAGAAUCUUGAGAACAGGGUGGUUCAAAGAGAUGUAAACAGUGAGGCUCAUGAUGAUGACUUAGCAACGCAAGAAUCUGUUUCUGAGCUAGGUGAGAGAGUAGAGAAGCUGAAGGGGGACUUGUAUUUUCUGGAACAUGUUGUGAAUUCUCUGGGGCAUGGGGAUGAAGGCGUGCAGUUUGUCAAGGAGAUAGCUUCUCAUUUGCAAACUCUGCGGAGUCUCAGCAUGAAAAGACGUAAUGAUGCAGAGAGUUGAUGCUACUGUCUACCUCUAAAACAAAACCUUCACAAAGAUAACUUGGUGGAGAAGAUAUUGCAGAGGAAUACUAAAAGAAGAUAAAGAGUGGUGAAAAAAGCUUAAGGAAUCUGUACAGCAUCUUCAAGAUGGCCUUUUCUUCUUUCCUACACAAUAACAAUCUCAGUAUUUUGCAAUUUUUACAGGAAUCAUUCAUAUUUUUGGGGGUUGUUCAUAAUUUUCUUUUUGGAUUUGUUUUGCAUUUUCUAUUGUUUUUCUUGUGCUGAAGUUCUCAUUUAAACAUUCUUUAAAUAGAUUGAUAAUUUUGUUUAUAAUGUCAAAAGUCAUGCAACUUUGCUGCAUUUUUCGC